AUGUUCAGAAAAGUUUCUGACGUCUUUGUGCCUGAAUCGGGAAGCAUCUCUGGUCGCUGGUUAAAAAUCCUGGUAAGCGUCAAUCUCAAUGAGCCACUGUUAAGGGGUGCAAACAUAAAGGUGGGCCAGGAAUCAGUAUGGGUGAGCUUUAGAUACGAAAACCUCCAAGCAUUUUGCUAUUACUGUGGAAGAAUCGGCCAUAGCGAGAGAAACUGCUGCCACAAGAGAGAGGAUAUUAAGAACAACAAGCACCGUCCUAGACAGUAUGGGGAAUGGAUCAAAGCAAGUUCAGGCAGCUUCCACUGGUCCUGA